CUCUCUCUCUCAAUGAUCUGUAGCCAAACACGAUUAACACAAAUAAAUAGGGCUUCACUCCUCGAAUCUCUCUCAUCUGUCAUCCUCUCUAAUUACUAAUAUCUCGGUCUCUUUCUCUCCUAGCUAGCUAGCUAGCUAGGCCUGUGAAUCUAGCAGAUCAAGACUAGUGAGGAUGCCAAUUAGCACACUAGGAAGAAACAUCAACCUCUGUUUCAUGAAGAUCAAAUGGCCUCCCUCACCCCAAUCCCCUUCAUCACAAACCCCAGAUCAUGAUCAUCAUCAUGACCAUACAUUAAUACCCACCACCACCUCCACAUCAACCCUCAUGAUUAGAAACUUUAACUCCCUCUAUGACCACACCUCUGACUCCUCCUCCCCCCUCUCCGCCACUGCCUCAUCCUCCUCCUAUGUCGAGCCCGACCCAGAUGAUGACACAACCGCCACCGCCGCAGACUUCGCCUCCGCCUUUGCCUCCCACCGCUUCUUCUUCUCCUCACCUGGCCGCUCCAACUCCAUUGUCGAAUCCACCAUUGAUGAGUCGAACUUACCACCCAUUAUUGCAGCAGCACAAAAGCCAGAGAAGGUGUUCAACAACGGUGUGCCGGUCCCCAAGUACUCACCAGACCCCUACGCCGACUUCAGACGCUCCAUGCAGGAGAUGGUAGAGGCGCGUGAGCUCGUGGACGUGAAAUCCAACUGGGAAUUCUUGCAUGAGCUUCUUUUAUGCUAUCUUGCGCUCAAUCCUAAGAACACCCACAAGUUCAUUGUGGGAGCUUUUGCGGAUCUACUCGUCAGCCUCAUGUCGCAGCAACCGUCCGAGGGUUAUAGGCGCACAGAUCCUAACCUUGCUCGUUGCUAUGAAGAAGUGUGAACUUCACAACGGUUAGAUUAAAUUAAGGUUGGGGUUUUACUACCACCGGGCCGGGGAUAAAAAGAAGACGACUUAAGACAAAGCUGCAUGUACAUGUAACGUGGGUACGUUGUCAGUCAGUUAAUAUUGAUGAUUAACUAUAUAGUUGUGGGGAACUAAGGUUGGUCCACCUUUUUAGAGUUAUCUAUUAAUCAUUUCAGACUUAUCCUUCAUGCAUCUUUUAAUACUUGCAUGAUUUCUUUCCAUGUGACAUUAUAUUUUGAGGCUAUUUUAUUUUUAAGUUCAUCUUGUAA